GAAGAUACCGAAAGCGAUCGGUUCCGCGAAAUCGAAACUCCGGGCGAAGCGGCUCCACUCGCGGACUCGACGGGACGAGAUAAAGUGCAGUUUUAACCUCAAACCCCUGAGCAUUACAGAGGAGAGAACACAACGAGCAGGAGUAUGGAAGACAAAAUAAUAGAGGUUUUACGUCGUGCUGGGACUCCGGUUAUGACACUGGACAUAGCCAAGGCAGUGGGUCUGAAUACCAAAAAGGAUGUGAACAGCACCCUGUAUGGGUUGAGGGACAGAGGUGUGGUGCGUCGGACAGAUUCAAAUCCCCCUAAGUGGAGCUUAGUGAGUCCAAAGGAACAAGAGGCACCGGGGAGGUCUGGGAAGAUGUGGAAGCGUACCGAUGAAGGAGCGGAGGAAGAUGCACGGGACUGCAGCAGAAAGCCAUCUAACACAGCAGACACCGCCAACUCCAGCCGAGGGGGCCUCAGAGGUCUUGAGGAAUUUGACAUUGAAGAAGACUUUGAUGAAGGAGGUUACGGGUGGAUAUUUAAAGCAAGACACAAAGUUGAUCGUAAAUGUUAUGCAGUGAAGAUUGUCAAGUAUGACGGUGAAAAAGAAAAACGAGAAGUGGAAGCACUGGCAGCUCUUCAGCACUCCAGCAUUGUGCGAUAUUACACAUCCUGGAUUGGUCCACCAUACAAAUGCAAUAACACCAAUACUCCUUCAAAAGGCUCGUUGCUCCAAAAUUGCAGCACAGAAAGUUCUGGAGGUGUGGUAUUUGAACAGGGAGGCUGUUCAUUCCCUUCUGCAGCCAGCUGUACUGCUGAAUCCAGAGAAGAAGAGGAGUUAGAAUCAUGGAGUCAGACUUCCAGCUCAGACAUGUCUACAAAGCAGAUGAUAGCCACUGCCAAAAGGUGCCUUUACAUUCAGAUGGAGUUCUGUGAGGGGGGAUCCCUGGAUCAGUGGCUCCUUGACAAAGGUAAAGAAAGGAGCAAAGGGGAGGCCACGGAAAUAUUCCAACAAAUCGUCAAAGGAGUGGAGUAUAUACAUUCCAGUGGUCACAUUCACAGAGACUUGAAGCCACAAAAUAUACUGUUUGCAGCUGAUGGAAGAAUUAAGAUUGGCGACUUCGGCCUUGUGACAACGAUAGGUGACAAAAACAUAAGCCCUGUGGAAAGGACGAAAGAAAAAGGAACCAAGUCCUACAUGAGCCCUGAGCAGGAAAACCAGAGUACCUACGACGAAAAGACAGACAUUUUCCCUUUGGGACUGAUUUUCUUUGAGCUCCUCUGGACAAUGGGCACAAUGGCGGAAAAGAACAAGAUUUGGAAAGAACUGCGUAGUAGGAGCUUCCCCGUCGAGUUCCGUGAGAAGUAUGCUUUUGAGCACAAACUCAUCUAUGAUAUGCUCUCGCUUGAGCCCGAAGACAGGCCAGGAGCUUCUGACAUUAAGGAACGGCUCCACGCCCUGAUGGACCACGUUUCUUCCCCAAAGCAGAGGACCGUUUGACUGAUGGAUGUCCGUGGUUCUCACGUGUCCCUCUGCUCCGGUCCUUGAGUGCCACCAAUUUCAGGAAGAAUACAGUGUAAUAUUAUAAAUACGUUAUGGUCUGGUCACACAUCUCACAGCAGGAGAUACUUUUUUGUCUCCUUUUUACAGAGUUAUUCUGAUUUUGUCAUGUCCGUGUUGUAGCUCUAGCAAAAUAAAUGGGUAAAAUAAUUGUAACCAGGGGGUGCGGUGGCACAGUGGG